GAGGCUGAUGCAGAAGCGGCACCAACUGUUUAUCCUGUGGAGAUGUCUUGUAGUCCGUUGUUAAUAGAACCAGCCUGUUCCGCCUCUGAGAUACAGGGAGCCACAAAAAUGAGAAAAAAUGAUGCUACUUCCAGACAUUUGGUUCCUCUUUCUGAUGAUAAUGAAAGUGAACAGUCAAAAUCUAUUCAAAGAAAGAGAAUGCUUCCAUCCUGGAUGCUGGAAAGCGAUCUCCUGGUUCAGAGGAUUUCUGAGCCUGUGAUGAAAGGAGGUAGUAGAAUGAAAAAAGAGCAAGGAAGGGGAGAAUGCAAUAUGGAGUCAUUAAAAUCAGAAGUAAACGUGCAGCAGAAAAAAAGAUUAGCUUCUGAAGAAACUAUAGAGGAUUUUGAAGGUGAAGAGCAAGAUCAAGGGAAAAGGAGCUGUCUUUCCAUCCCUGUCCCUUCAUCUCAGAAUACAUCUGGAUUUCCUCUUGAGAAUACCAUGAGGAACAUGGAAGGAAAUGGCAAGACUGGAACAAAAAACCCUGGAAGUUCUCUGGAAAAAAAUGAUAGGCAGCUGCAUAGUAAAUGGUCUAAAAGAGUAGGUCAGAUCUCCAGUAAAGAAAAUAGAAUUGAGGAAACAGAAAACAAAGAGCAGAUUACUGGUUCUACAAGCCAACAAGCUCACGGGGGCAGGACUUCCCAAUAUUUUGGUGCCCAGGAAGGGAUUCUUGAGCCUGAUGCAGAUCUGGAUUACGAGACUGAGAUUUCUGAUUCAACCAGAAGUGCAGAUGCUUCAGAAAGCUCCAAACAGAUCAAGCAUAAGAGGACACCUUGCAUGUAUGGAACAGGCUGUUACAGGAAGAAUCCCAUUCACUUUCAGCAGUUCAGUCACCCUAAUGAUGAUGACUAUCAUGAAAUGGAGAUUGUAACUCAGGAUGACAAUGAUAACCGGCCUGAAUGUCCAUAUGGAACUGCUUGUUACAGGAAGAAUCCACAGCACAAGCUGGAAUACAAGCACAGUGCACCUCCAGUAACUGAAAGAGGAACCCGACAACGAACUUCAAAAAAUGGAAAAAGGGCUGUGGAGAAAGAUGGUGCCAAUGAUGAUGAACCAAAUGAAUAUGACCUUAAUGACAGCUUUAUAGAUGAUGAGGAAGAGGAGUGCGAACCUACUGAUGAAGACUCUGACUGGGAACCAAGUUCAGAAGACAAAGAUAAUGAAGAUGUUGAAACGCUUUUGCAAGAAGCACAUAGAUUUGUUAAGACCAAAAAGUAG